CAAGUUAGCUAGCAGAAUGGCUUGCUAAUUUUAAAUGGUCAAAAAAGCGGCUGUGAAAAAAAGAAAAGGCGAGGAGAAAGCGAGAUAUUUAAAGCUACACUUCCAAAGUGAAGGAACUCUCGAUCAUACAACUAAGCAGCAACAUGUUCCCGAGGCACAUCUUCAUCCUCACACUCUUCCUCUUGUGCUUCCCUCACUGCACACGUCAGUCGUGCACGGACGGGACGCCCAAAGACUGCAAGGAGGCAGAGUUCGCUCCUGGUUCCAAUUUGGCCGGAGAAGGCUUCGACAUCACUAAAAUGGAGCGUAAGGGGGCUUUUGUGCUCGACAUGUCUCAGUGGAAACGCAAGGAUAAAGCUUGCACCCUGUGUAGCAACCCUUACUUGGAGAACAAAAGGCAGAAGUUGCCUCUUUCUGUGGUGGAUUGGAGGGCGAAGCAUUCCUGCAGUGGCAAAGUGUCCAGCAAACUUCACAAAUCCAGCGAGUCUCUGGUCGAUUCCAGCACCUCUUCUGUUGAAAACAACUGGAAGGUGGAUCUAGAAAUGAAUGGGGCUGACAAAAGCGGGUCGGUGAUGCUGGCUGGAACACAGUCCAGGUUGGCUGAAUAUGCAAUGGACAAAACAAAAAGUGACAAGUUUAGCUUUUCUAGUAACAGCAUAACCUGUGAGUAUUACAGCUACAGAGUGUCGAGCGGACCCAGGAUGCACCGAGAGUUCCGCAAAGCCAUCAAGGAGCUUCCUAAGGAAUACAGCCAACAAUACAAGAAAAGAUUUACCAAAUUCAUUGAUAAGUUUGGUACUCAUUAUAUUACAAAGGUGAAACUGGGGGGCAAAGUUGACACCGUGACCAGCAUCAGGCAGUGCGAGGCCAGCCUGCAGGGUCUCACCUCCGAGGAGGUUCAGAUGUGUCUGGAAGCUGAGGCAUCUGCAAACAUCAAAGUUAACGCAAAAGCAGAAGUGAAGCACUGCAAGAAAGAUACCAGCAAGAUGGAGAACAAGGACACGUUCUCAGACCUCUUCAGGGACAGACUGACAGAAAUCAGAGGCGGUCACACCACAGAACCAGACCUUCUGUUCUCUGCUAACAAAAAUCCAUCCGCCUACAAGGAAUGGUUGACCAGCGUGCCGCAAUAUCCCGACAUCCUGUCAUACUCUCUCGACUCUCUUCAUGAGUUACUCAGUCCGAAAGACCCUGCCAGGAAAAACCUUCGUUCCGCCAUCAGUCAUUACAUCCUGGAGAAAGGCCUCAUGAAGAACUGCAGCGAACCCUGCAAGGCCGGAAUCAAGAGCGACUCAAGAGAUUCGUGUGUCUGCCUGUGCCACAACGAGCCCGCUGUGAACCCAGACUGCUGUCCAACCCGGAAGGGCAUGGCCCGGGUCAUCAUUACUAUACAGCGAGCCUUCAAUCUCUGGGGGGACCACUCCACCGCCACAGACGGCUAUGUGAAGGUCCUGAUCAACAAUCAGCAGGUUCAUCGCACUCCUGUUAUCAACAACAACAACAAUCCACACUGGGAGUACACCCUCGACCUGGGCUCGCAGGAUCUGUCCUCCUCCAAGAUCGUCCGCUUUGAAGUUUGGGAUCAGGACAGUGGCUGGGACGACGACCUUCUGGGAGCGUGCGAGCAAGUUCUGACUUCCGGAGGGAAGCAGGAUGUGUGCGCCAUGCAGAACGGCAAAUUCUACUACAAAUGGGAGGUGAAGUGUGCUCCAAGUCUGGGAGGAAAGUCGUGCAUGGACUAUCAGCCUUCACCCAUGAAUCAAAAUCUGAGGAAGCUGUACAAAUCCCGACACGCUCAUCCCAUUCCAGAGUCUGUUCUGUUGAGCAUGGGGGUGUUUGUGGAUGAAAGUCGCUCAUCCAGGAAUCUCACUCACAACUUAACUGAAAAGUAAACAUCAAAGUUAUGAGUGGCUGCCGAACACCACCAGGUUGGACCAUAACAUGCCAACAGUGAACAUUCAGUCCUAGACCCAAUCUGAAGUCUUCCCUUCUCCCUACCCCUACAUUUGAAGGGGGAGUUUACGUGUAAGUGUGUCCGGGAAAUGUAUUUUUAAAUCCGACCUUCCAAAUGGAGGGAUAUAAAGUCCUCCCCUUGAGAAUAAACCGCUCAGAGGCGCUUUUCUUCACAUGAGUGGGUUCUGAAGCACAGAUCUUAAACUUAAAUGUAAGUAAUGACUUUUUGUUGUAGAAUGACCUUUAUAAAGUUAUAAAACCAUGUAUAUUCAAGCACUGGAAGCUCCAUGCUAAAGCUAGUGGGCUGGCAAUUAUUGAUGACGUCAUUGAUGAAAGUAAUGUCCGAAAUAUGAGACACAAUUUUAUUAGAACUCUCCGUUUGGAGACCCAAAUGAAGGGGAAGGGCCAAGGGCUAGGGAGAAGGGAAGAAUUCAAAUUCGGCCCUAGAGUCUUUCAAGAAUCCACCAGAACUUAAUCUUUGUUUAACUUUAUCACUGUGGCCAAUAUCUGUCAUUUUCUCUUUCUAACCUUAAUUUCAUCUUUAAGGAUAUAUUCUUAAAAAAGCAUGUCUGCAAAACUGUUCAAAUCCUUUUCAUAUUUAACUUAAUAAAUAUAAAAUGUUUGAUGUAUUUAAUAAUGUGUGUUUUUCUGGUUUUGUGUUUGUAUUUUUAGAAUAAAGUCAAAACAUCUCA